AUGAACUCCGACAUGGACCCCUUUCUCCAAGUACAAGCAGAUAUCCUAUCUACGCUCUCUACGACCCGGCCUCUAUUCUCUUCAUAUCAACGCAUACGAUCCCUCGCAACCUCUCCGUCUAACCCGGAACUCAUCCAGGCGCGCGAAGAGCUCGAGGCAACAGUCGCAGACCUGAGCGCAGACCUAAAAGACCUCGUCGAAAGCGUACGAGCAAUCGAAUAUGACCCCUACAGAUACGGCCUGGAGCUGGACGAGGUUGAGCGGCGUCGAAAGCUGGUUGAUGAUGUAGGCAAGGAGAUCGAGGAGAUGCGAGAGGAGCUUCAGCGGACUGUUCAUGAGAAUCCCGGAGCAGCCGGUAAACGUGCAGGGGGAACAUCGUCAGCAGCAGGAGGACUGCCUGCUCCAUCUACGUUUGAUAGCCUGCUUGAAGAAGAUGGACAGGAGCGAGGAGAAGACUAUUACUCUGAGAUGGAGCAGCAGAGGCAGGUUGAGUUGAUGCAGGAUCAGGACCAGCAGCUUGACGGGGUGUUUCGGACAGUGGUGAAUUUACGGCAGCAGGCGGAUGAUAUGGGGAGAGAGCUGGAGGAGCAGUCUGUGAUGCUGAAGGAUGUCGAUACGCUUGCUGAGAGAGUUGGGGGUAAGCUGCAAGAUGGCGUGAAGAGGGUGGGACACAUCAUCAAGAGGAACGAAGAUACGGUGUCGAGCUGCUGCAUUGCGGUUUUGAUUAUGGUACUGAUCCUACUUUUGGUAUUGGUAUUAAUCCUCUAG